AUGUCCAUCCCUACCACCGAGGCGGAGAUCGCUGCCGUCUUCGCACCCAGCGCAAAAUUCUCCCUAGGAUGCAUGUUCGCUCAAGUAUGCGUCGAUUCGUUCUUCUGUGGCGUCUUGACGAUGCAAGGCAAGUCUUUCAUCCCGUCAAUCUAUUCGUACUUCAAAUACCAGCGAAGGGAUAGUUGGUGGAUCAAGUCGGUCGUCAUCACCACUGCCAUCAUCAAUCUUGUGGUGACAAUCUACCUCUGGUACUUCAUCUCGUACCUCUUUGUGCAAAACUUCGGACUCUGGUCGCCUUUCGCCGAAACCAAGUACCUCGCUUGGUUCCCCUUCCUCGACUCACUCAACUCGGCCGUCGUCCAGGCCUUCUUCGCUUACAGAGCUUAUCGACUUUGCAACCGAAUGUGGAUCAUCCCCUUGGUCUGCGGCGUCUUGAUCUUGACUUCAGUCGGCGCCACGCUCGCAGUCUUGAUCCUCUUCUCGAGCUUUGCGAGUCUUUUCCAGGCUGAUGGUGUCACUGUUCCGGAGUUGAUCUGGUUGUCCUCCAUCAUGUCGGCCGAUAUUAUCAUCACCAUCUCCAUCCUCUUCGGUCUGUGGAGAUCCAAAACCGGCUGGUCCCAUACCGACAGAGUCAUCACGCGUCUGAUUCGAAUGACGCUAGAGUCACAAGUCCCGCCCACGAUCAUCGCCAUCACCUUCAUGGUCGAGUUCGUUCAGACACCUAGCUCUCUCUUCGGAUCAACUCUCCAGGGCAUUCAGCCCAAGCUGUACGCUGUUGGUCUCAUGUACGCCUUGAACGCUCGAAUCACGUUCCAGCAGCAAUGGGUAGGAGACAAGGACCGAACCGGAGGGCAAGUCUUUGCCAUGAGCAACCGACCCACUCAAAAGACCCAACUCCAGGUCGAUGUAGAGACUGAGACGUAUGUCCAAUCCACUCCCGCUUACACCCUGGACGAGCGACCAGGCCUGAACAGGGGCCCAUACGAUACAAUGGAAGACAAGAAGAGCGCUGAAGAUCUUCAGGAUCUUCACGUCAAUGCGGAGCCGGGAGUGUAUGGUUCUCGGGCUCGGCUGACCGCUCAUUGAGCGAAGCCAAGCACCUUUCUUGAUUUGCUGGGUGUCAGGCGUGAUGUAUAGGGAGACGAUGAUGAAGAAGCUUGACCGUACCACCCACGCGUUAUUUCCUUGUAUAUAAUGAGCAGCUUUGAAAGGCAUUCGAUACCAUGUUGAAUACCCUAUUGACAUGCACUAUCUACCUCAGCG